AUGGCUUCGUCUGAAGAGUAUUCACGCAGCCAAGCUCAAGUCGUCCACUCAAGAGAAGACAAGCCCGCCUCGAGCCCUGUCCAAGCAAAAAUAUUUCUGCGCAUUGAGACACGCGGGUCCUUGGCCGAAUCGAUUGUUCGCCUCGAUCCGGACAGACCUGGGACAUCAGGCUCUUAUUCCACUCAGCCUCACACAGGGAUCACCAGCACAACAAAGGGCACUCGGAUUAAAUAUGGACGAGGGAAACACGCUACAACCGAGCUGGUCCCCCAGCCGAGUGAUGACCCACAGGACCCUCUAAACUGGCAGACCUGGAGGAAGGAGUUGAGUCUUUACGCGCUGCUUGUCACCGUUGCAUUGAGCAGCGUGAUGAAGACAGCUCUCAUCAGCGUGAAUGACAUCUUGGCUCAAGAGUUGGGCACAUCCUAUGUUGCUGUCACUGCCCUUACUGGUCUGCCGCUCAUCCUAUCGUCAGGGACAGGCCUUGCUAGCUUGGUGGCUUCCAAGAUAUGGGGCCGGCGACCAGUGUACCUUGUGUCGAUGAUCCUCAUCUUCAUCGGUCUGGUGUGGAACUCCAAGAUCACCAGUAGCUACGGCCAGUUCAUGGCAGCUAGGGUGUUCCAGGGCUUGGGCUGGGGCGCGUUCGACACCGUGGUUGUUACCUCCAUCACGGAUAUUUACUUUGAACACGAGCGCGCUACCAAGAUUGCAACCUACCGUACUAUCUUGACAGCAACAACCUGGGGCUCUCCUCUGAUCGGGGCCGUGGUAUCGCAGAACAAACUGGGUGUGAAACUACAAUUCGAGAUCUUGGCCAUCUUCCAGGUGGUCUCCAUCCCGCUGCUUGUGUUCGGCGCCCCAGAAACAAUAUACAACCGUACUGCCGUCACAGAGAAGCUUACAUCUACUCCUGGAUGGAGUCCGAGUACCGGAUGGGCCUCCCUCGGUCUCAAGAGCAGCAGCCGUUUCCAGCGCCUGCCUGCGUGGGCGCGUGGGCGUGGCAUGACUGCCGACAGGGUGAUCCAGUAUAUCAGGGAAGUUGCGCCGCCAAAGCCAUAUGCAGGCUCUGCCAGUACCGGUGUCAUGAAAACCACGCUGCUGUUUCAGAUACUGCGUGCAGUGAUCACGCCGACGGCAGGCCUCGCUUUCCUCGCCUCAUUCCUUCCAUUCUCUCUUCUGUGGGGGCUCUCCUCGUCUCUCUCGGGCCUUUUCGCCCGCAGUCCCUCGGACCUCCUCCCAACGAGUGUCGGCCUGCUCCUUGCCUUCCCAUUCGUCCUCUCUUCUGCCACUGUGGUCGUCUUCUCUCUCUGGCCAGCCUGGUCUCAGACUGGCACUGUCUUCCGACUCCAGUCUACACACCUGUUGGCGCUCGCUAGCGGUGCAAUGUUGUCAUUUAUUGGCAUCCUCGGCUUCGGACUCUACGUAUCGUCCCAUUCAGGCAGUCCCGCAACCGCCAACGGCCUCCGCUUUCCCGCCGUCUCUUUUCUCCUCGGCCUGUUGGCCGCGGGCGCGUACGUCCUCGCCGCUCCUACGGGCCCGCUCAUCAACCGCUCGGCGCAGUUCACGUCGCCCAACCUCCGUGUGAGCUUGCGCACUAUAGCCGAGAUGGACGCGGCUGUUACGUUCUGGAGGACCCUGUUUGCGGGCGUCUUCGUGAUUGGUAUUCCUGCUGCGACUGUGGCCUCGGCGGAUGCGUUAAAGACGACUGGCAUUGCGGUGUCGGUCAUACAGAUGUUCGUGGCCGGGGCGGUUGGUGGUGUCUGGUAUUUGUGGGAUGAUGGUCUAAGGAGGUUGGAUGGGCAGGUGCUAGGUUAUAUUGACUUGAGCUUUGUGAAGGCUCGCGGGAGCUUCUUUGAAACUGACGAUUAA